GCCUCAGCCGCUCCCGCCCGGCUCGGGGCCGCCCGCCGGUCCCGCUCAACAAGUUCCCCCCGCCGCUGCCGCCGGGACCCGGCCGUCAGGAUCCCCCGGCGCCUCCUCCCGCCCCCCCGAGCCGGGCUCCGCAGCCCAUGAGGGCAGCGGGGGGAGCGGGCGGCGGCGGCUGCCUCUAGCGAGCGCUCGGGCGGCCGCAGCUGAGCGGCGGCGGCGGCGGGGCGGGCGGCUCCGGCGGCCGAUGCGCAGAGGGUCUGCCGGCCAAGCUCGCCCCGGCGGCGGGAGGGAGGGAGAUGCAGCGCAGGGGGAGCGCCCAGCCCGACACUUCUGCCUGAGGAAGCACAAGGCAUCAUGGUGAGUAAGGAGCCCAGCAAAUGCUUACUCACCACCUCAGAAAGCGAAGUUGAACCAGCGGCUUCACUCGCACUGGAGAUGAAAUACGCGCUGGAUCCCAACCGGCAGAUCAAGAAACGAAACAAAGCCCUCCAGGUGAGAUUUAAAGAUAUCUGCGAGGCCCAGAACGAGCAGAGGGACAAAGAGCUCUCUACCACACCGGAUCCCGACAAGAGAGAAGCCAAGUCCAUUUCCUACAAAACCUAUCGCAAGUACAUGACGGUGCCUGCCCGGAGGUCGAUACCCAACGUCACCAAGAGCACAGGAGUCCAGACUUCCCCUGAUCUUAAAAAGUGUUACCAGACCUUUCCUCUGGACCGGAAAAAAGGGAAUAUUCUUAAAAGCGCCUCGACCGUCGACACCUUUAAGGGUCAAAACAACGGGUUUCUAAUAGAUGUGAAGGACAAAGACAGCGGGAGCUCAGGGGAGACCAUUCAGUGGGGCAAGAAGGCUGGGAGCCUGCAGACAGCAGAGUUCAUUUCCCACAUCAACGAGCGCUCCAGCGCGGGCUCUCGCGACAACGGGGCCGAGGGCUGGGAAAGCACUGGUUUGCACAGCUCUCCCACAGGCACGCCACCUCCUCCUCCUCUCCCAAACUCAUCCGACCCCGCUUUGGAGGAUCCCACCACCGCUGCCCGGCCGCCCAGCCGAGGGAAACAGGCAGCGGGGAGCGAGGAGGCCACCCAAGCCCUCCACGGGAGGGUCUUCAAGACUGAGGUGGCCACUGUUUAUUUACCAGCGUCUGGUUCCAACGCCUCCCAGCCCGACUUGUCACACCUCACGGCCGAGACCGCCUGGUCGCCGUGCCCAGCAGCCGAGGAGGACAAAAAGAGGACGGUGCACCUCAACGGUGCUCAGCCCCAGGCAGCGGGAGAUGCUCGAGCCUGCUCGUCGCGGGCGCAGUGUCAAGCCACUGAAUGUAAUGAACAGACCCUUCAGCUGAACGUUUCGCCUAUGGAGGAGAACCAGCCCUGCCAGACGGCCGUGGCGGUCAGCGAGGAAUGCCAACAAAUCGUGCCUCACACCGAAGUUGUGGACUUGAAAGCCCAGCUUCAGAUGAUGGAAAGCUUGAUCAGCUCUAGUCAGGAAACCAUCAAAGUGUUGUUGGGUGUUAUACAGGAGCUAGAGAAAGGAGAAGCUCACAGAGAAGGGCUUUCAUAUCGGACUGGUCAAGACACGGCUAAUUGCGACACAUGCAGGAACAGUGCAUGUAUUAUCUAUAGCGUGGAACUGGAUUUUAAACAGCAAGAAGAUAAACUACAGCCAGUUCUGAGAAAACUUCAUCCUAUUGAGGAAACUCAGGUUGCACCUUUGCCUUAUUCUCAGGAGAGCUAUUCCUCCACUCCCAAGCAAAAAUCCAAAACUGAAUCAAAAAAGCAUGGAAGAUGGAAACUCUGGUUCCUUUAACCCAAGUCCAUGUGGAGUUCCAGGCCUUCUUUGAAAAACACUUGGAGUUCUAUCAAUCCUUGAUAACGGGAUCGUGGUAGACUGAGCAGUUACUGGCCAACGUGGUUCUGACCGUUGUGGUGACAUCCAGUUCUCACCCUGUGUACCAAAAAGGCCUUUGUACCUAUAAACUCCUGUCCAGAAGCAAGGUGUUAAGAGAACCCCUUGCUUAAUCCCUUACCAACUUUGAUUUGCAGUUCACCAAUGUGGGAUGUAAAACCUGAAUUGAAAUUUGUACAAAGAUGGAAAGUAAAACUAUUCCCCCCCUUCUCCUUAGAUCUGAAAGCGUCACAUUCUAACCUGGUAAAUUGUAGGCUGUCAUCCUGUACACAGCUCAAUAUCACUGUUGUUUUCAAGCCUUUUGGGGGUUUGGUUUAUUGUCUUUAAACACCACCACCACGGGGAGGAAAAAAACAAAGCAAGCCUUAUGUUUGCAGUGGUCUUCAGUUUUACAAGUCCAUGUUGAUCGGGGAGUGCAGUUUUCAGCACAUAUAUCCUGGACGAAGCACAAUUUUUCAUGUGGUCCAAGACCAUGAAUAGUCUCUAAGAUGUGACUAUGUGUAUAUCUGCCUUCAUGCGAUGUAGACUUCAACCAAGGUACCACAUCUCGACAACGCGCCAUCAUUUCUUACUUAGCUCUGUCCUCAUCACCAGAGGAACACGUUUGCUGCUCAUCUUCAAGGGGUGAGCAGCCAGAAACCGCCCAAGGUCAGGAGAAGCCUUUAACCACAUCACGCUGACAGGGUCGUGGCUACGGGACAAUCAUCUGUCCUAGAUCCCACUUCUUUUGGUACCCAAAAAGGUCUAAAUGACACAUUCUGACACACUAAAAAAACCCAACCCCGCAAAGAGAACAACCAAAAGCUCUACAGAUUGUUGGCACUUGCCCUAAUUUCGUAUCUUUUUGUAAUGCAGCCUUUGGAAAACCUCUGCAACAUUGCAGAAGGCACCAGAAAAUUUAUAGUCCACGUCAUGCUUUGGAGCCAGUUUGGAAGGAGCCGUAAAUUUUAGAUGCUGUUUAUUUACUGAGCUUCUCAGAUGGGUUUUCCAAUGCAGCAUAAUUUAUCUCUCAAUCCAUUAACUGUACUUGCUAAUCAACACACUUAGGGAAGAGAUGGGAAUCCAUCUUUUUCCUAGUGUUGGGGGAUUUUUCCUUAAAAUUCCACUUCAAAUUUUGCUCUGAAUUAUAAACCACAACAUUUCCCACUAAAUAUUUGCUACUGUCAUUGAAAUCCCAUCUAGAACUAUGGAAAGACUUCCAUUUGUGGAAAAAUUUCUCUAGAAGUGGCCAGGGAGUGGGAAUCUUCUCAUCUUCUCUAUGUUUAAGGAUUUAAGACUAUUUGAGUCACAGUGUCAUGUGCCAAACUGGUUUACUAAGAAUUUGGAUUGAAACCACAUCCCCUGCAGCAUCACUAAGACACAAACUCUUUCAGUCUUUAGGUGAAAGAAAUGUAAUCACGAGCAGAAGAGUUUGCACAUACUAAAACAUUGGAGGUGUUUUGGUUCACACUAGUUCUCCUCUUAGCUCAGCAUCAAAUCCAUUAAGGAAUAUCACUUGCUUUUCCCCCCAAAGCAAAGAGAAGGAAGUUAAAAUGGGAACAGAAGUGCAGAAGCAGCCUAUGUCCAGCUCCAAGUUAAUCUCAGCAUGCUUUAAUGGAAUAAAGUCACCUUUGCAGGUAACCUUCAAGAGGGCUACAAGUUCUUGUACAUAGCAACCAAAAUCCCCACAUAUUUUUGUGAAAGCUGAAGGAUUAGGAAGGGGAUCCUGUGGACCAGGAUGGAAGUGCAAUUGUUUCCACGUGGAAAAAAAUCUGUGUUUCAUGUACUUUAUAUUGUUUGUAACUGAAAAUACUUAAGAGUUUACACAACAGCUCAUCCAACAUGUUUUAGAACCCCAAAUAUUUCCUAGAAAGAAUAUAUUUUUUCCUAAACAGAAAGAAAUAGCAAAUAUGGACAUAAAAAUAUAACAAUAUUCAGUCUUAUUUUUAAAUAGUGUUAAGAAUUCAUGAACUCAUCCGUGCAAACACACCUAGUUUGGGGGGUUUUUUAACCAAAUCAAUGCAUCUCUCAGUGGCAAUCAAUUAUAGAUCAGAAGUGUCACUGAAUCAGUAGCUUUUCCCCAUAAACCCAUUGUAAAUGUUCUGGUGUGACAAAAAACUGAACUGGUUUUAUGUUACUGGCUCACACAGAGACCAAUGUUCUGCAACCCCUUCAAAGGACAGAGGAGAAGUCACUGGUGAAGCAUAUAAAGAGCUCAAAGUGGAAGUUCUUACAGCGUGUUCUGUACAUGGGCAGGUUAUUUUCUUAACAAGUUGCAGAUUUUUAGUUUUAUACAUGUUUUUAAGACUGGGAAAGCCAACAUCCAUCUAGAGCCUUGCUUUAAACAAUGACAUCUCGGGUCCUGUCCUACCAUCCCAUGGGAUUUGUAAUAAAACCUUUUUGCAAGUGUGGAAAACGCAUCAUAUUGUAUUACAUUUAGAAUCACUCCGGCUCAGGUUAGAUAGGCACUGAAAGAAAACCUCUCAUUCUUUAGAGCUUUUAGUUCCACGUGACUGACAAAGCUAUUCUCACCCUAACUUAGGAGAUCUUACAAAGCGCAGGUAGGAGGUUACAGCAAAGAAAAUGCACCUUUACCUUCCACGUGGCACACAACGUCGCUUUGCCGAGUUCACUGGCAAUACCAUGCCCUUCAUACACUGAUUUGCUAUAUGCACCUCUCCCAUCUCAUGCUUAAAUAAUGAUUUUUAGUCAAUAAAUACUGCAGUGAUUUUCUAUUACUUGCUA